GCGUGACGGCCUUCCCGCGCGCCCUUCGCGGCCCCGGGCGGUAAAGCACAUGUCCGUAGCCCAGGCUGUCCGCGGUGACUUGGGGCCUCCCCCGCCGCCCCGCGCGGUUAAAGGCCGGCUCCCUCAGGCCUCCUUCCCCUCCUCCGCAGCCCCUUCGCCGGCCGGGCCGGCCGGAUGCUGUGAAGCUCGGAGGACUGUGUUAAGACGCGGGAGGACUUUGUGGAUUACUGAGUGCCAGGGCGAGGGCAGUCCCGGGACCUCGCUAUGUCAGGGAAGCGGAAGCGUGUGGUGUUGACUAUUAAAGAUAAGCUUGAUAUAAUAAAGAAGCUGGAAGAUGGAGGUUCUUCCAAACAGCUGGCUGUGAUUUAUGGAAUCGGGGAAACAACGGUUCGGGAUAUUAGGAAAAAUAAAGAAAAGAUUAUAACUUACGCAAGCAGCUCUGAUUCGACAAGUCUUCUGGCCAAGAGGAAGUCUAUGAAACCAUCCAUGUAUGAGGAACUGGAUAAAGCAAUGCUGGAAUGGUUUAAUCAGCAGAGAGCAAAAGGGAAUCCCGUGUCUGGACCAAUUUGUGCAAAAAGGGCAGAGUUCUUCUUUUACGCUUUGGGGAUGGAUGGUGAUUUUAACCCCUCAGCUGGUUGGUUAACUCGAUUUAAGCAGCGACACAGCAUUAGAGAGAUUAACAUUAGAAAUGAAAGGUUGAAUGGAGAUGAGACUGCUGUGGAAGAUUUUUGUAACAACUUUCGAGAUUUUAUUGAACAAGAGAACUUGGAGCCUGAACAGAUCUACAAUGCAGAUGAAACUGGACUGUUUUGGAAGUGUCUGCCUUCCAGGACUUCAGUAAUGAAAGGUAAAUGUACUAUUCCUGGGCACAAGUCUGUUGAAGAAAGAGUUACUAUCAUGUGUUGUGCCAAUGCAACAGGUUCGCACAAGCUUAAACUUUGUAUUGUGGGCAAAGCAAAGAAACCUCGCUCCUUCAAGUCAACUGACACUUUAAACCUGCCAGUCUCUUAUUUCAGCCAGAAAGGUGCGUGGAUGGAUCUUUCUAUUUUCAGACAGUGGUUUGAUAAGAUCUUUGUGCCACAGGUUCGAGAGUACUUAAGAUCCAAAGGUUUGCAAGAAAAAGCUGUGCUUUUGUUGGAUAAUUCACCAACACAUCCAAAUGAAAAUGUCCUUCGUUCAGAUGAUGGUCAGAUAUUUGCUAAAUAUUUGCCACCUAAUGUGGCUUCUUUGAUUCAGCCCUUGGAUCAGGGAGUCAUAGCAACAAUGAAGAGAAACUAUCGUGCAGGUCUUCUCCAGAAAAACUUGGAAGAAGGUAAUGACUUAAAGUCAUUCUGGAAGAAGCUAACUCUGCUGGAUGCACUUUAUGAAAUAGCAAUGGCGUGGAACUUAGUAAAACCAAUUACUAUUAGCAGGGCUUGGAAGCAGAUUCUUCCUACCAUAGAGGAGAAAGAAAGCAUGGACUUUGAUGAUGAAGAUAUUUCUGUGGCUACUGUGGCCACCAUUUUACAACAUACCAAAGGACUGGAAAAUGUUACUACUGAAAACAUUGAGAAAUGGCUUGAAGUAGACAGUACUGAACCGGGUUAUGAAGUAUUAACUGACAGUGAAAUCAUCAGAAGAGCACAAGGUCAGACAGAUGAGUCUAGUGAAAAUGAAGAGGAGGAAAUAGAACUAAUUCCGGAGAAACAUAUAAAUCAUGCAGCUGCUCUCCAGUGGACUGAAAAUUUGUUGGAUUAUCUAGAACAACAAGGUGAUAUGAUUCUACCUGAUAGACUGGUAAUACGCAAACUUAGAGCCACCAUCAGAAAUAAACAAAAGCUGACAAACUCAAGUCAAUAAUGGCAUUUUAAUUUAAUCACUGUUUUGGCAAUUCAUGCUUAUCGUCUUUGCAAUAUGUUUUAAUUUUAUUUGUUUUCUCAAUUCACAGACACAGUCCUGUGAGUUACAGAUUUUAAAAAAAUGUGUCUGUCAUAGCUUGGAAACUCUAUGUUUCCAUUGUCUGUCUUGUCCCUUUGUUCAGAACCUGUUUCUGUAUCCAUACCAAUGUGUAAUUCAGGUGUGUACAUCUACAGUCAUCUCUUCAAAACCGGUGGCAUUCCCCAAGUUCUCUAGCAAAAGUAAGAAAUAACAGUGAACAGAAUUUAAGCACUUUCCUAAAAUCUUUUGCUUGAAUUUUGAGGGUUGCCACAGUAAUCUUAGGCUAUAUAAAUAGUUGUUUUCUGUAUAUAUAUAGAUUGACAGGAUGAGAAAGAUCUAAAUUGUUAGGUUUCAGGAUGAUCUAUAAUUUUAAAAUGAAGUUUAAUAAUAGUGGGGAAAUAAUGAUCUACUAAUGAUAAAAAUAACUUACAAAUUCUGUUUUACCUUUGUGUGGAUGGCAAGAAGGGGAGAUUUUACUGGAAAUGAAAUAAAUAUAGAAAGUUACUGCUGAAUGAGAAACUUGAAAAGUUGAUACACAAGAGAGGUAUUCUGAUUAAUUCAUUGUAGGAAAUGCAGUUAAAAUUUUUGGAAACUUGGUUAUUUAUACAGAGAAUAAAUAUACUUGUUUUAAUUUGUUGUUUUAUUAUGAAUUGGGUAAUAGUGUACAUUUACUAUUUAUGUAAUUAUAGUACAUAUUUCUUAAUGCUUCAUGUAAUGAUCUGAGCUCCCACAUUAUACUUGGUGAACAAUAUCUUGGGAAUUUAAAAGUAAGAUUUGUUUAUUUACUGAAUAUUUAGAAAUAUUACCUAUGACUUAAAAAUUUUGUCAUACCUGGCUCUUAUUUGAUAUGAAGAGAAGAAUAAAAUUUUUAAUAUUUAAAAGAAAUCAUGUUUGUAUCUGUUUUUAUGAAAAGCAGAAGUAACUAUGAAAGUGCCAGCUAGGAAUUUCAUUGUUUAUUGUUUUGAUAAUUUUGAUAUUGUUUUGAUAAUUGUAAAGGGAUUAUUUCUUCUGAAAUUUAAUAUAGGUCAGAAUUUUGAUAAAUUUUAAUAAACUGUUCAACAUUUUGAAAACCCUUUGCAUGUAUUAAAAUUAAUUUGUAAUGUCAAAUCAAAACAUUCCCAUAUUGUUAUAGUCCAAAAUUUUUAAAAUCAUAAAAAUUAGAAUGAUUCUCAUUUUUGAAACAUUUUUGAUGAACUACUUAGUGCCUUUCUCCAAAUUUUUAAACUUUAAAAGGUUUUCAGUUUUCCAUAAUUUCUGUUAUCUUCACUAUGUAUAACAUAUUAUGUACGUGUGUGUAUGCACACUGAUUUUUCAAAAGAUUUGUGAUGAAAAUGUGUAAAACUUGUGUUCAUUAAAUGAAUUACCUCUGUGGUUAGGAAAAGUAUAAGAAAUGAGCAUACAUACUGAGUCAGAUAAUAAAGUCUGCUAUUGUAUAUGAUAAUUUUUCUGAAUGAAAGUUAAGUACUAAAAA